GGAGCCGCUGCGUUCUUGCUGUGCGCACUCGGAUGUGAGCGGAAUCUCGCGAAAUCGCAACUUUUUGGUUGCAAUUUUCUUAUUCAAAGACCGCGAAAGUUUUGUUUGGUUGUCUGGAGAAGUCGGAAGGAAUUCAUUGUGCACAUAUUUGAAGAUUUCAUUUGAACGACUGAGUGCCAUUUAGGACAACUCUUGUGCACAGAAGUCAGGAUGUCAAAUAUUUCUGUGAAUGACCAUCUUGAGGGGAUAUUGUCUGACUUUGAGGCGCUGAAGCGAUCCUUUGAUAUUGACGAUGUGGACGAGAUCCCAGCCUUCUCCCCAGCGUCUCCUGUCACUUCCCCCAUAAGCCCCACCUCCAUUCUCAACAAGACCAAUGAGAGCCGGAGUCCGUCGAAUCACAUGUCCUCGGCCUACCGCUCCCGGAUCAGCGUGGGUUCGAGUCCCGCCCAGAGCCCUGUGCAGAAGUCCAGGAUGGUCUCCAGUCUGUCCUUCAACCGGGGCACCAUGGGCAAGCCAAACAUCCACGCCAGCACUGGCAUCAACCGAGCCGCGUCCUUCCAGAACAAGUUCAACCCCAACGGAUUCAACUCGUCGUCAGGCCCCGGCAGUGACAAUGACAGCCUGCACAGCUCCUCCUCCAGCCUGGAGUACCAGGCCUCGUCCAAGCUGAACUCCUACGCCACCAGCCCCCCGCAAAGCCCCAUGUCAGGGGUCGGGGAGUACAACAAGGCCCCCUGCAUGACCAGCCCCGUCCUGAAGAAGUUCUCCUCGCACGGGAACGUGUUCCACUCGGAACUGGAGAACCCUCUGGUCAUCCCCACCGAGCCCAUGGGCAUCACCCACGGCUCCAUGCCCUCUCUGGAUCUCCAGAUCGAGAGCGGCGGCAGCAGUGGGAUGAGGCGCGUGGUCUCGCCCGGCUCCCGCUUCGCCAACGCCGGCGUGCCGUGGAACAACGUCCCGCACCGCGGGAUGCAGAAUGCCAGCCCGUACGGUAAGGAGCCUCCGUACUCGCCUCCCAACCACCAGCCGCAGCAGUCCCCCAAGCCCAAGGAGCGGGCCAAGCUCAACAAGUUCCCCCUGGAUCUGGACAGCCUGGUGGCCAAUAAAUGCCAGGUGGUCGAGGCCACCGGCGCCCCCCCGAAACCCCCUCCGAGGUUCCUGCCCUGCUCCAGCAGCCCAUCCAUGUCCACCAGUCCCUCCGCCUCCAUCAGCAGCCUGGACAGCACUGACCUGACCCUCGUCCACCACCACAACAACAACAACAAUGUGGAGAAGAGGGAGCCGGUGUGCUCCCAGCCCGGUGCCAUGCCCGUGCCCUGCGUCAGCCCGUCUCCCGUGCCACUCUCGCCGGCCCAGACCCCGCAGCUCAACCUGGCCUCCCAGCCGCAAGUCGUCCAGCUCUCCCCGGUCACCCCGCCGCCACAGCUGCCGCCGUUCGCUGUCCCGGACCACAGCGCUAACGAGGCCGACCUCGACGUGACCCAGGCCAAGGAGAGCGUUGGCUCGAUACUCCAGAGGAUUGCCUCCUUCUCCCGGGUGGAUGCCAAGGUGCCAGCCCAAAGCCCCAUCCUUCCUUUCAGCAAUGGCAUUAAGAGGGAGUCACCAGCCUUGCAAAGGCAGGAGCAUGCCAGGGAGGAAGACACGGUCCAGGAGCUUCAGCUGGAGCUGGAGGCGCCCGCUCAGAUGGAGGAGAGGGAGAGGGAGGUGGAGAGGGAGGUGGAGGACUACAAGAGGGGAGAGGAGGAGAUGGAGCAGGAGCAGCAGCAGCAGCCUCCACUCGCCCUGACCGAGAGUGGCCUCCCGGGCAUCAUCAAGGGCAAAGACCUGUUCGGCUACGUGGGCAUCGAGGCCGUGCUGGACCAGAUGAGGCGCAAGACCAUGAAGGCCGGCUUCGAGUUCAACAUCAUGGUCGUCGGUCAGAGUGGCCUGGGCAAGUCCACGCUGGUGAACACGCUGUUCAAAUCCAAGGUCAGCAGGAAAUCCUGCACCCCCAAUUACGAGGAGAAGAUCUCCAAGACAGUGCACCUGCAGUCUGUCAGCCACCUCAUCGAGGAGAAAGGCGUCAAGAUGAAGCUGACGGUGAUUGAUACUCCGGGCUUUGGAGACCAAAUCAACAAUGACAACUGCUGGGAGCCCAUCGUGAGUUACGUGAACGAGCAGUACGAGAAGUACCUCCAGGAGGAACUCCAUGUCAACAGGAAGAGGCGGAUCCCCGACAGCCGCGUGCACUGCUGCGUCUACUUCCUGCCUGCCACUGGGCACCGGUUACGGUCCAUUGAUAUCGAGUUCAUGAAGAGGCUUGGGAAGAUCGUGAGCAUUGUGCCAGUCAUCGCCAAAGCCGAUACGCUCACCAUGGAGGAACGUCUGGAGUUCAAGCAGCGGAUAAGACAAGACCUGCAGGCCAACGGCAUCCGAGUGUACCCACAGAGCGAGUACGACGAGGACGCAGAGGACCGGAUACUCAACGACAAGAUCAGGGAAAAUAUUCCAUUUGCAGUGGUCGGAACAGACAAAGAGCACCAGGUGAACGGAAACAAGGUCCUGGGAAGGAAAACCAAGUGGGGAAUUAUAGAAGUUGAAAAUGUUGCACAUUGCGAGUUUGCCAACCUGAGAGAUCUACUGAUCAGGUCUCACCUGCAAGAUCUGAAGGACGUCACCCACAACAUCCACUAUGAGACCUACAGGGUAAGACGACUUAACGAGAGCAACGCCAACGGACUGGGCCUCUCUGUCCUGGGCCUGGAGAACGGUACCUCAGAGAAGAGCGAGACGGAGAGCCACCUCUGAGUGGCCAGAGGGGGGACGGUGGCAGCUGCAGCAGCAGCAGGACGGAGACGAAAAAAAGAUGAAACGGGAUGAAGACAGAAAGAAAGAAGAGGAAAAGGAGGAGGAGGAGGACGAGGAGGAGGAAGAGUUCUAUGCCGUCCCCUUCGCCUUCGUCACUCUGCAGAUGGGACGAUCCGCCAUUUUGUGAGAAAAAGAAAAUGACAAAAAAAAAGUGGAGGAGUGAGGAUUUUUUUUUCACCCCGAAGAAGACCAUGUGGAGUGCGUCUUCUUUGGACCAUAUAGAAAAGACGAUCCCACCUUGACUAAAGACUUUAUUUUCUGCUAUGUAAGGCAUUUAAACACCAUAUUCAAAUGUAUUUUUGUGAGAUGGGUUUUGUGGUAACGGUCGGGCAGGCUGA